AUGGCACAUCAUCGUCUAAGUUAUUUUCUUGGUCUUGAGGUACAUUAUGGUGCUAACGGUAUUUUUCUAAGCCAAGCAAAAAAUGCCCAUGACAUUUUGGAAAGGGCAAAAUUGUUGGAUGUCAAGUCCAUUUCUACGCCUCUUGCUUCUGGUAUUCGAUUGACAAGCACUGGAGACCCAUUUCCUAAUCCAACCAUUUACCGCUCUCUUGUGGGAGCAUUACAGUACCUCACAAUCACUCAUCCGGAUCUCUCAUAUGUUGUUAACUUUGUCAGCCAGCUCCUGCAGGCUCCCAUCACUGAUCAUUUCCAAGUUGUCAAGUGA